AUGGUGUCCACCAAGGCGGAAUGCGAAUUCCGCUGGAGGCCGGCGAUUUGCAUCAUGCGAAUGGGAUGCAAAGAAACUGAUAUAACCCCAGAAAAUUACAAUGUCCAAUGCAAUUCCAGAACAUUUGUGGAAGAACAAGUGGGGUACAGUGACGAGAGUGGAGAAGAUAGCGCUCCUGAGGAACCACUGAACAGCUCUGCAGACGAGGUCUCCAUUUUGAAAAGGCUGGGCCUUCAAAGAGAGUUCUACACUGAGAAAGAAGUUGAGUCUGCGUUCAUACACUUGUCUCUCGCAUUCAAGUCUGACAUGUUCACAUUGAAGCAACGGCUUGAAGUGGAGGAAAGAGCCCGGGAUGCAGCUGAGGAAAACAUCCGCAAGGAGCUGGAGGGAUGUAAAAUAAUACUGCAGAAACUGAAAACAGUUUGUUUCGAUGGGCAGCGACUGGAGAUUCUAAAACAGCUGGAGUGGAACCUGCAGAUCCUGGAAGGCUCCAUCAGCCGAGUGGCCAACAAGUCUGAGGUACUAGGAGCAGUACACCAGGAAGCACGAGUGAGUCAGAGUGUGCAGCUGAUGAUCGAACAUGUGGAGAAUCUGAAAAGUGUGCACGCCAAGGAAUAUGCGGAGCUUCAGGAAAUGAAGAAAAUCAUUCAGCAGAACUCAAGGAAUAGGCAGUUUGGAGACAUAAGAGAUGAUGCUGACUUUCAAACGAAGCAUCAAAUGAUGAGAACUAUACAUCAGAGUACGGCUCGCAGAAGGGUGAGCAUUGCUGUCAUUCCAAAACAGCUCAUGACUUUUCAUAUUCUAGACUCCAAAAUAGCUGACAGUGAAGACCACAGGAUGGAUUAUAACUCUCCAAUGAUCUCCAGGCAGAAUGGGCGACUAUUCAACAGCAGACUACAAAAUCCUCAAGAGGACUCAGCUGAGAACCAUGUACAGUGCACAUCAUCUGAUUCAUCCCUCCAAAUGCUAUCUUGUGGAAGCAGUGAGAAAGAAGAUGAUGAGAUCUCGGUACAUGGGCAAAACCAGGAAGAAAAAAUAGGUAUUAUAACAGAGAGUGAAACAUUGAACAGUGAGGCUACAGAGACAGAGAAUGAGACUGAGGACGGAGAUGAAUGGAUUUCGGACACAACAAGCGAGAGCUCAUUGACGUUGGAGCGGCUUCCUCCUUCAUCAGGGAUAUCUUGUUUGCUUCAGAACUACCAGAUGAUACUCACCUCUGUCGCAUUGACCCUCAUCGUUGCAUGGCUGCUGCAACCAUUUUCCUUAGGUGUCUGGCAUUGAAACACCGUGCAAAGAUGUCAACAGAUCUACACGUCCGCUAUCAUCCUUACCGUAGAGAUGCUUCUGAGAAGCUCCCAAUGAAGAUCCUGUCUGAAAACCAUCAAAAAAAUUUGAUUGCAGAUUCCCUAAUUCACAACAUCUAAAGAACAUGUUGGUCCAUUGAAAAUUUCAAGUCAGACCCACAUUAAAAUUCCAAGUGAAAUCAGGUUUUGGUUUACUUUUAAAGUGGGAACAAUUUGAGAUCACUAAGGGGAAGUAUGUUAAUACUGGGAUUAUGGAACAUGUUAAACUUAGGGCAUUUAGUGAUAGCAUCAAACACAAUCAGCUCUGAUAUAGCAGGAUUAAAUCUCCCUCUUCAUUGCCCCAGCAAUGUGUUUCAGCCCAACCUCCAUAGAAGAGCAUCUCCAGUGCACUGGUGUAACAGAUUUCCAACCCAGUCAAAAUGUGGCCACUGACCAAGUUAUUACCAGUUCUGUGAUUCUGCUUUCACUGAGAUUAGAACUGAGACUGUCCAAACAGUUCCACUCAGUUCUACAUUUUUGUUUCUCGUAACUAAUUCUGUAGUUGCUCAUCCUCAAGUGUCUGCUCAAAUCCCUUUUUAAAUUAUUUCUGGGAUCAGCUUCCAUCAUCUUUUUACAACAACAGCUUAUAUUUAUAUUGCACCUUUAAUGUAAUAAAACAUUACAAGAUACUUCAAAAGAGCAUUAUAAAUCAAAGUAUGAUAUCAAGCCACAUAAGGGACUAUUAGGUUAGAUGACCAAAAGUGUGGUCAAAGAUGUAGAUUUUAGACUUGUCUAAAAGGAGGAGAGAGAGGUAGAGAGGCAGAAUGGUGUAGCGGCAGAGGGAAUUCUAGAGCUUAGGGCCUUGACAACUGAACACAAUGCCACGAACAGUCGAGCAAUUAAAAUUCGGAAUGCAAAAGAAUCCAGAAUUAGAGGAGUGAAGAUAUCUCAUAGAGUUGUGGGGCUGGAGGAGAUUACAGAGAUAGGGAGGAGAAGGCCAUGGAGAUUUGAAAACAAGGAAGGUUAUUUUAAAAUCAAGAUGUUGCAUGACUGGGAGCCAAUGUAGGUCAUCGAACACAGGGGUGAUAGAGAAAUGGGACCUGGUGCAAGUUAAGACAUGGGCAAGAGACUUUUGUAUGACCUCAAGUUUACAGAGGGUAGAAUGUGGGAGGCCAGCCAGGAGUGCAUUGGAAUGGUUGAAACUGGAAGUAACAAAGGCAUGAAUGAGGGCUUCAGCAGGAGGUGAGCUGAAAUGGCACAUAGAAGUAGAGCGAUGUUGCGGAGGUGGAUUUAGUGAUGACACAAAUAUGAGGUUCUUAAGCAGAAUGUUCCAGAUCCUGACAACUUUCUGUGUGGACACAAUUCUCCUCAUCUCUGAAUCUAUGAUGUAUAGUUUUUGAUCCACAGGCCAGAAGGAAUAUUUUUUUCUCUAUCUACUCUUUAUCAAAACCUCUCAUCAUCUUGAAAACAUCCAUCUAUUAGGUCAAAGCUAAAAGCAAAAUACUGCGGAUGCUGCAAAUUUGAAACAUCUGAAAUAUCUAUUAGGUCACCUCCUUUUCCAAGGAGAAGGUCUAACUUUUCAUAACUGAAGGCCCUCAUUCCAGGUAACAUCCUGGAAGACCUCCCUGAACCCUUUCCAAGGUCUUAAUUAAGUUUGUAAUAUGUAAGAAAUGGAUAAAUCAUUCAGGAUAAUGGUCUUACACAUAUAUUGAAAAUGAUAAAGUCCUAUACAUAUCUAUGAUGAUCAAAACCCACACAUGGGCAUGUAAAUUAAUUUCAGUAUAGAUAAUUGUGAAGUAUUGCACUCAGGUAAGAUAAAUAAAGAGGUCAUACUGCUUGGAGAAUAAGACUAAGAAUAAAGGAGAAUAAGGAUCUGGCGUACACAUCACAAAUUACAAAAGAAGUGACGCAGGUUAACAAGUCUAUAAAACAAAUUACUAAAGGGAAAGAAUUGAAAAACAAAGAAGCUGUGUUAACCUUGUAUCAAAUUUUGAUUAAACCACACUUGGAAUACUAUGAA